AGCGCAGGUGACUGGAUCGAGCGAUAGGAAGAUCGAUAGGAAGAUGGCAUCCACCGACCAACCUGGUCCACCUCCGCAGUCUGGGAUUCCACCUGGAGAUAAUGGAGCAAUUGUCCCUAGAGAAGCACUGAUAACAACUGCUGUAAAAUUUCUCCAGAACCUAAAAGUACGACAGAGUCCCUUGGCCACCAGAAAAGCCUUCUUGAAGAAAAAAGGAUUGACGGAUGAGGAAGUCGAGUUGGCCAUCCAGCGGUCUGGCAGCACAGAAGAAGUUCUGCCUCUGACCCCUGCCGGGCUCCCGCAUCCCCCUUAUGCAACUCAGCUUGUUCCUGCUCCACCCACAGGCUACAGAUGGAGAGACUACGGCGCCCUCACCAUCAUUAUGGUGGGCAUCGCAUUUGGCUUCCAUCAGCUGUACAAGAAAUACAUCCUUCCCCUCAUUAUGGGGAGCCGAGAGGACAAGAAGCAUCUGCAGAGGAUGGAAAGCAACAUUGCGGCAAUGAGUGGCACGCUGACACAGACAGUCAGCCAGCUUCAGCAAACAUUGGUGUCUGUCCAGGAGCUGCUGAUCCAGCAGCAGCAGAGGAUCCAGGAGCUGUCUCAGGAACUGGCUGCGGCAGAGGCAUCGUCCUCGACCAAUCGCAUAUUGGACAGCCAAACAGUUGGAGAUCUGAAGGCUGAGAUUGUCUCUUUGAAAGGCUUACUGCUCAGCAGGAGGCAGUUCCCUUCCACCCCUGCCAUUCCCAAGAUCCCCUCAUGGCAGAUUCCCCUGAAGCCGCCCUCAGCGUCCAGCUCGCCCACCAUCAACCACACCAACAGCAGCAGCGACAUCUCACCUGUCAGCAACGAGUCUGCCAACUCCUCCCCCAUCAAGGACGGACACCACAGCCCCCAGGAUGCACUGGGAGGGCCAGAUGGAGCCCACGGGAUCAACGGAGACCCCUGCACGGCGAGCCUGAGCACAGCCCUGCCCCCGGACCAGGUCCGGAUGGAGGUGCAGGGGGAGGAGGAAAACAGGGAGGAGGAUGACGUCGACCGCGUGGAGGAGGAGGAAGAGGAAGAAGAGGGUCUAAGCAUGCAGACAGAGGAUCGGCGGGGUGGAGAUGGACAGAUUAACGAACAGGUGGACAAACUGAGGCGACCCGAGGGUGCCAGCAACGAGAGCGAGGUUGAUUAGAUCAAAAAGCAUGAAAACAUUCUGUAAAACCCAAAUUCUUAUCUCUGCUGACGACUUUGCUUGUCUCCUCCUCGCCGCUCGCACACGCUGCUCAUUUUUUAACUUCAUUUUCACUACCUAUUUGUACUUUUCCAUAACAUUUUAAUGUCGUGCAGAGUCAGGAGUCGGUGUGGGUGUAACAAGAUUCACAACUCACAGAUACUGGCGUGUCUGGUGACACGAGGCUCACCACAGUUUUUAUUUGAUCUCCCAAAUAAAACUAGUGCAUGCCAAGCCCGAGUUCCACGUCCUGUUGUCUCUUUAGAAAGAGAAACAAACAAUAGUCCAGUCAGAAUGACUUUGAAAGCCUGUUUGCAGUUUUAACCAUGUGUGACUUAGUGCUUCUCAUUUUCAUGAUUCCAUCAGAUAAUUCCCAGCUUUGCCUUGGUGUCCUUGUAAUUGUACUAAGGCUGUUAUCCAGACCAAAGAACUGGUGCCACACAGGAUCCCUCUGCUCUAAAGUGCAGUUGUGGGUCAGGAAUCAUAUGUUGCUUCAGUCUCUAAGUUACCGUGAGCUUCCAGUGAAGCAUCACCAGAGUUUGUCUCCCCGUUGAUGGCAAUAGGAAAGGACAGGCUCUUCCAGGGCCUUAGCUCUUAGCCUCUUUUAUGUGUCCUUUUGCAUUGGUGUCAGUCUGUCAAUAAUUCACAAGGCCAGCAGGGUGGCAUUUGGGUGAAAUAAAAGCCCUGAAAUUCGAGAUUAGAAUGUGAUGACGGGCUUUGUUCCAUGCCGGUGUCAGAGUGCUCAUAUGCUCACAGAAGGGGAAGAUAAAUGUUUUUCCCCCGCUUUCCUUUUUCACUGAGGGCUGAAUUGUGCAUCUUCCUGAGUGUGUUUGUGCGCGGCAGGCGAGAAAACCCAGGCAGUCUGCUGAGCUGUAUCUGUGUCUCCAGCAGGGCAGCUGAUUUGGUUUGUGAAGUAUGUUAAUAAUCAAAUGAUCAACAAAUAACAGAUGUAUUAGUUCAUGCAGCUUGAAAUGUCAAGGAGGCUAAAAGCGGAAAUCUAAUACAGAAAGCCCAGUUGUAUUGUAUUAUUUUCUGUGACAAACCCUCCGGUCCAAAUUAUGUAGGGCUUCCUACAGUGAGUAAUCUUUACAGAAAACGGCUCCAAUAUUUUGUAAUUAAGCUGCAGUAAGACACAAGCGCUGCCACAGAUGGAAGUUGCAGAACUUGUAUUACUUUCUUCUCUUUUCUUUCUUUUUUUUCAGUGUGGAGGUGGAUGGGGGAAGUUAAGAAAAAAAAAAAAAGAAAAAUACCCCAUGAUUGAAAAGGAAAGUAAUGAAUGAAUACUUGACUUAUUGAAUUACUCACUGUGUCUCUAGCUGACAAGAAGAGUCCCCGGGUGAGAAGAAAGGAUAUCAGCUCUUGUGCCAUUUCCACCUCCAUCACAUGGCCGUCUAAAGAGCGAUGAAAAGAUACGGGGACGCUGCACAUUUCUGAGACACAGGUCCUGACCUACAGAUUAGGUUUUGUUGUGUUGAUUGAGGUUGAGGAGUGAAUGAUGAGACAACCUAGCGAUAUGCUGUAAAUCUAUUUUUUGGAUGUAUUAGAAAAAUCUUUUUUUUUCUGUGGAUGAAUAACUUGUUAAAAGAAAUACUGAAUCGAUAUGCUUCACAACCACUGUAGUUUCACUGUUAGAUCCUCUCUGUAACUCGCUAAACACUGUUUAAAUCCUGGACAGAGCUAUAAUAAACUUUGUUUUUUUUUUAA